AUGCCGUUUCGUAAAACAUAUCAGAUUAACAAUCGGGAGCAGGGCAAGGCUGCCCAACGAGAUCAGUCGUAUAGAAGCUGUCUCAUCGCCCUGCUCAUUUUCUUCUUUAUGUGCCUUAUCCUUAUCCUCGCUUGCAAACCCUGGAAAGUGCAGAAUCAAAGAGAAUACAGGGAGCCAUAUAUUAAACAUGACUCACAGCAUUAUCCUCAAGAACGCACAAAAGAAACAACAAUCAUGACAGUUUCAUUAACAACGUCAACAACAACAUCAACAACUCAAAAAACUCCAACAGAAGAGACAAUUUUAGCAAGAACUUGGAUUAUCCCAGUGAAUACAUCCACUGCAGAAAAUAGACCAACAGAAGAAAUCAAUGUCAUUACUGAAGACUAUUCGAAGAAGAAUGUUAAAGGAUCUCAUCAUUUUGAGCGUUACUUUGAAAAUACGACGAGUAUCGAUGAAAUAACAUUGUCUACUCCUGUAUCUCAAAAAAGUAUUGAAGACUAUAUUUCGAACGAAAUCUUAGAAAAUGUAGAAACUACGGAAGAAAGCAUUGGCUUGACUACGUUGCCAUAUGAUAUUACAACUGAUAAUGUCAUCAAUAAUGCAACUUCAAUAUCAUCAAGUGGAUCAAUUGGCGUCACUACGAAAUAUACUUCAAUUGUUGAUAUUAUAAAGAAUAUUAUGUCAUCAACUACUAAGGAAUUUAUAAGUGAUUCUAUUGACGAAUAUUACAGUUCGGAUAAAUCAGAAGUUGACAUUGUGACUAAUAACGUUAUAACUUCAACAUUGCUGACACAGUCAAACGAUACCGAAGAGAAUGUUUCUGAGAAUUCUAAAAAAUAUGAGAGAUUGAGAGUUGGUAUUGAUAAUAUUACAUUUUCAACAACGCCGAGUCUUCCAACUGAUCUUGAAGAAAGUACAAGUGCUAAAUAUUCUUCCAUUAAAAACAAUUAUUCUGAGACUUUGCAAUUUGAAGUAACAACGAGUAACAUUUUAACUCGAUCAGAUUCUCAAGAAAAUGAAGAUACUGGAAAUUCUACAACGAAAGAUUUAAAUUAUGAAGAAUCUGCAGUCACAAAUGAGAAUGAAACGAGAGAGAACUCACCUUCUACAAUAAAUUAUACUUCACUGAUGGAUGAGAAGUUUUCCACAAAAGUUAAAAGUGAAGCUGAAGAUCUGAUGAACGAAACGAUUACUAGUAUAAAAAGUUACACUACCGAGAAAUUUAAUUUAACUUCUGAUGGAAUGGAAAAAUACAACGAAUCUUCCACGUCCAAUUAUAUUAACACAACCACUACCAUUUUUUACAAUCACACAACUAGGACAGCCAUCCCAGUAAGCUACAAUGAGACGGAUCUUAUCACCACAGGAUGGACCACGCUUUCUAACGAAGACACAAGCAUUUGUGGGACAGGACUCUGCAAGCAGAUUGCCAGCAGAAUGUUGUCCUACAUGAAUCAUUCGGCCGAUCCUUGCGACGAUUUCUAUGAGUACGCUUGCGGUAGUUUUGAAGCAAAUCCGCAGCUGAUAGACGGAGAUCUAAUUCGGAGAUCUAGAAAUUACCAACGAAUCGCCAAUCAAAUGUUAAAAGAGAAGCACGAGAACGUGCGUUCAACUUUUGCAACGUACUACGACAGUUGCGUGCAAUAUGAAGGAAAUAUGAACUUCAAUGAAAGAAUUGCAAUGGCAAAUGACGCGUUAAGAAAAAUAGGAAAGUUCUAUAUAUCUGAUACGUGGUCUGAUAAUUACAUGGGUUUCACCAAUUUAUUCGCCCAAUUAAUGUUACAUCAUAGCGCUCUUUUAUUUGAUGUUGUGCCAGAAUUGGAUGAAUAUCGUCGAAACAAUUUCACAUUGAAAAUAGGUCCUACGACGUAUGAAAGUCCUUUCAAAGUGGAGUAUGUGGAGGAUCCCUGCUCCGAAGACACGUUCGAAACGGAAGGACAGUACGUGGAUCUCGAAAUUUUGUAUCAUAAUUAUGAAAAAUGCAAGAAUGAUACAAGCGAAUUUAUGAGAUCCAUUAGGAAAACGCUGAAAGAGCUUAAUGUUUUUAAGGGCUUAAAUGAUAGCGAUUUAGAAUGGAGUAUACAAUCGGAAAACAUAGAAAAAACUGUUCAUGUGAUUGAUUCUGUUGUAAUGCAAGAAUAUUUUUCGAACUUUCCAUCUAAGAGUGAAAUACGAGAGGCGUACUUGAUGAACGAUUACAGUAAAGUCAGUUUAGAGGAUUUACAGAGUAGUAGCACAUUCGUAAAUUGGGCGCAAUUAAUUCAUUUGUUAACAGGAGUACACGUGGAAAGUAAUGAAAUUAUUCAAGUGUAUUUCCAUGCCGCAUUAACUAAAGGUUUACGCAAAUUAGAAAAAUAUGCUGAAAAAAAUUCUAUGAAUCUUAACAACGCGAUAAUGGCAUUAUAUGCGAAUAAGCUUUAUCACGAGCUGGUCUUGCCAAAGCACGAUAAUGUAAAGGAUUAUUGUCUGCAUGUGGCUACCUACCUUCUACGGUUGGAAGCGUCCAGUUUAUACGUAUCAUCCUUUACUGAUUACGAAAUAACGCAAAUGAAUGUAAUAAUAAAAAAGACAUUCAACAACUUGAAGCAAACGUUGUCAGACAAAAUGCAAGAAGCACAAUGGGCAAAAGAGGAAGGACGAAAAGAAUUGCUAAACAAGAUCAAUGAUCUGAAACUCGCAUUACCUGUUGUUUCCUAUUUCAAGAACAGAAACUCGCUAUAUAAUGAAUAUAACGUAUCAGAGGUAAUUCUAAACGACAAUUACUUUAACAACUCGAUGAUGCUACUAAAAAGAUACAGAAUUCUAAUGUACACCGAAUUAAGAAGAGAAGUUGGUGGUCCAAAGCAAAUUUGGACAUACUAUGCUACGCCAUUCCAAUCGAAAGCCCAAGUGAUUUACGCCCUAAAUCUCAUCGUGAUUCCUUACGGUAUUAUCGAUUGGGCUUUAAUGAGCGACUUAAUGAACGGUGAUGAAUUAUCCUAUUUUCUGCUAGCAACCCUUGGGAAUUUAAUAGCUCAUCAGAUUGCCCAUCAUUUCGACACAAAUGGUAUACACUAUUGGAAUCAAAUCAGGAAUGCUCAAGAUUCUCUGAUGUUUGAAAACGAGUUUACAAACACUCACUUCGAUGAUUAUAUCAACUGUCAAAAGGAGAAUCUGUACCAAGAACCUAUAGACAUGACAUUACCCUUCACUGAUCAAAUCGUGUCCUUUAGAAUUCCGCGGUUGACCUUGAACGAGCGGUUGUCUGAAAUUAUAGGACUCAGACUAGCCUAUGAUACUUUGGCUCUUACGAUGUCGAAUGCGAAGAGACUACCAUGGAUACAACUCCGCAUCGACCAAUUAUUCUACCUCGCCUACGCUCAGAUGUAUUGCACGAAGACGUCACUCACAUCAUCCUAUGUCUCCCUGCACGAGAGCGAGAACCUGCCUAGCCGGAUCCGCGUGUUCGUCUCCGCAUCAAACGACAAGUUGCUUGCCAAGGCGUGGAAUUGCCCGCUCGGCUCGCAGAUUGCACCCAACGACGUUUGCAACGUGUUCCCAUACAUAGAGAUUAAAGAGACCUCGAUGAUUCCGGAGUGAGAAUCGUUCGCGGAACAA